AUGAUUGAAGGAUUUGAGAAUUAUUUCUCAAUUCAAAUCUUCUUUAUUAUUUUAAGAGAAACUUUAGAAACUGCCAUUAUUAUUUCGGUAUUACUUUCAUUUAUAAAUCAAAGAUCUCAUAAACAUGAAGAAUCAAUUGAUUCAACACAACCACAACAACCACAACUUUCACAACACCAUAUAGAACAUCUAGAAAAGGUACAAAGGAAACUUAGACUUCAAGUAUGGAUUGGAGCAAUUCUUGGAUUAGUCAUUUGUUUUAUUAUUGGAUUAAUCUUUAUAUUUUGUUUUUAUAUCAUCGGGAAAGAUUUUUGGUCAUAUACUGAAAGAGUAUGGGAAGGGGUAUUUUCAAUCUUAUCAAGUAUUAUAAUCACAAUUAUGGGUAUUGGUUUAUUAAGAAUUAAUAAAGUUAUGAAACUUAAAUGGUGGAUUAAAUUAGGUGAUGCUUAUAAAAACGAUAUAGAUUUAGAUGAUCAAAAUAAUGAAGCAGAAGAAGAAAUUGCGAAAUUUGGUCAAGGUGAAUUAGAAGAUGAAGAUGAUUUAAUCGCAAACUAUGGUGGAACUAGAUCAAGUGCUGAAUCCAAUGAUAUCGAAACUGUUCCAUUAACAGGAUCUUCAACUUCAGCUGUACCUAUCCCAAAUUCUUCAUCAUCCCCAUCUCCAUCAAAUUCAUCAUCAUCGGCAUUAUCUGGCAAAUUGAAACAUAAACAAAGAUUUACCAAGAAAUACUUCCUCGCUAUCCUCCCCUUAGUCACAACCUUAAGGGAAGGACUCGAAGCAGUCGUAUUCAUAGGAGGAAUAGGUAUGUCCCAACCAUUAUCCUCUAUCCCAUUAUCCAUCAUCUGUGGUAUUUCAUUCGGUACGAUUAUAGGGUAUACUCUCUAUAAAGGAGGUAACAAACUUUCACUUCAAUACUUCUUAAUCUUCCUGACUUGUUUUCUUUAUAUCGUAAGUGCAGGAUUAAUGUCUCGUGGUGUUUGGUUUUUGGAAUUGGAAGCAUAUGUCAGAAAAUGUGGUGGAUUGGAUGUGAGUGAAACUGGAAGUGGUCCGGGUUCUUAUGAUGUUGCCACUAGUAUAUGGCAUGUGAAUUGUUGUAAUGGUUUAACUGAUGGGUGGUGGAUGGUUUUGAAUGCGAUUUUUGGUUGGACUAAUUCGGCGACUUAUGGAAGUGUGUUUACAUAUUGUGCCUAUUGGGCGUUGGUUAUUGUUUGGUUGGAAAUUAAAUUAUAUGAAGAAAGAGUUGGGGUGUUGCCUUUAGUGCCUAUUAAAUGGCAAUUAAAGAGAAUUAGGAAGAAGGUGAGAUUAUAUGAAUUAAGACAACAACAAGAACAAGAACAUCAACAGGAACAACAACAACAACCAGAACAGCAGGAACAACAGCCUGUUGCAAAUCUCGAAGAACAAGCAUUGUUGCAAUAA